UAUUGCUCUUCACUAUGCAAGGUAGGAUUUGUGAAGGAACCUCGGAGAACAAGAGCCAACCGAACUUUACUAGAUAGAGAUUUCUGAGAUCAUGUCUAAAUGUUGUUCAUCACUCCAGAUAUCUCAGCGCUGCUUCAGAACGACUCUCUACCCUGCCCUAAAGUGACCGUGAAGAACUUCAAUGUCUCGACUGACACAAGCGUCCUGCAGGAACCAUGUGCUACAAGAGCUGUUCCCACACCUCGGCCGAUCUCAGCAACUACAACAACUACACCAACUUCAGCAACUACAACAACUACACCAACUACAACAACUACAGCAACUACAACAACUACACCAACUUCAGCAACUACACCAACUACACCAACUUCAGCAACUACAGCAACUACAACAACUACACCAACUUCAGCAACUACACCAACUACAACAACUACAGCAACUACACCAACUACACCAACUACAACAACUACACCAACUUCAGCAACUACAGCAACUACAACAACUACACCAACUUCAGCAACUACAAAAACUACACCAACUACACCAACUUCAGCAACUACAAAAACUACACCAACUACACCAACUUCAGCAACUACAAAAACUACAACUACGGCAACUACACCAACUACAACAGCUACAGCAGAGCCCGAAGAGGGGAUGAAGGUUAA